AUGAAGUGGGAAGAUAUCAGUAAGCAUUUGCCCGGUCGCAGUGCCAUCAGUUGUAGGCUGCACUACCAGAAUUACCUGGAAAGGAGGAGUGAGUGGGAUGAGGAUCGCAAGAAUAAGCUCGCGAGGUUGUACGAGAGAUUUCGCGCAGACAUGUGGGCAAAGGUGGCAGAGGAGAUGGCCAUGCCGUGGAGAGCGGUGGAAGCAAUGCAUUGGCAAAUGGGCGAGCAUGAGAUGGCGAAGCGAGCGGGCGUAACGCCGUUCUCACUCCCCAAUAUUGCAAGCGGCACCGAUCCAACAUUUCUGCCUCCUAGGUCGCAUGGGGGACCUCCUCCACGGCUACGGGGGAACUCGAUGCCGCGUGAGCCAUCAUUUCCAGGUCCACAGCAACUGCCAUCGUUAGCAGAGCUCACGGCAGGGUUGCCGGCCUUUUCAGCACCACCUCAACCACCCCCAGACCCUUUUUACCAUCAUCACUUGUACGAUCAUCCAAAGGGACGAAACGCUCGGUUCCGAUAG